AAGAUAUGUUACCUCGGGCCAAACGCCGCGUUAUGCCAUCCUUUCUCCUCCUCUCUUCGCUCCUCUUCACUCCCACCCUAUCCUCCUCCUCAGCUGCCGCCGCCGUCCCGAUUCCUUUCCCCAAUCCCCUUCGCCGCCCGUUGUCAGUUUGCCCCGCCUAUCCUUUCUGGGGUUCGAGAAGAGGACCGGGGUCGAUCUGCUACGCGUCAUCUCCGCCCUCCUCGCCUCUCGCCCGCGCUCUCUCCUCCACGGGAUCGAUGGAGGACCAAGCCGUGUCAUAUCUUACCCAGCGAGAGGCGGCGGAGAUCGAUGAGAUCCUCAUGGGACCUCUGGGGUUCAGCGUCGAUCAGCUGAUGGAAUUGGCGGGAUUGAGCGUGGCCGCGGCUAUAUCGGAGGUCUAUAAAUCAAGUGAAUAUAGACGCGUCCUUGCUAUCUGUGGUCCAGGAAAUAAUGGUGGUGAUGGUCUUGUAGCUGCUCGUCAUCUACAUCAUUUUGGAUAUGAACCCUAUAUAUGUUAUCCAAAGCGUACACCGAAGCCUCUCUAUAAUGGCCUUGUUACUCAGUUGGAAUCACUAUCGAUUUCUUUCAUUUCUGUUGAUGACUUACCUCAGAACUUAACGGAAAAUUUUGACCUCAUUGUUGAUGCGAUGUUUGGAUUUUCAUUUCAUGGUCAACCAAGGCCACCCUUUGAUGAUCUUAUUCAGAGGCUUGCUUCUCUAAGUCGUGUUGACUGUGGACGCAAGAGAUCAUCAGCUAUUGUUUCUGUUGAUAUUCCUUCCGGUUGGCAUGUUGAGGAAGGAGAUAUCACUGGUGAAGGCUUUGAACCUGACAUGCUGGUUUCAUUAACUGCUCCAAAGCUCUGUGCUAAAAAAUUUGUCGGCCCACAUAACUUUCUUGGGGGCAGAUUUGUUCCUCCAUCUAUCAUCAGUAAGUACAAACUUAAGCUUCCUCAGUAUCCAGGCACUUCAAUGUGUGUGAGAAUUGGAAAACCCCCAUCUGUUGACAUUGCAUCACUGAGGGAGAACUAUAUUUCUCCUGAACUUCUUGAGGACCAGGUGCUGUCGCACCCUGUAGAUCAGUUCCAUAAAUGGUUUGAUGAAGCAGUUGCUGCUGGCUUGCGUGAGCCAAAUGCUAUGGCCUUGUCAACUUCUGGCCAUGAAGGAAAACCUUCAUCACGGAUAGUCCUGCUAAAAGGAGCUGACAAACAGGGGUUUGUCUGGUUUACCAAUUAUGGGAGCCAAAAGGCCAAGGAAUUGUCUGAAAAUCCUCAUGCUUCACUUCUUUUCUACUGGAAUCCUCUUAAUCGUCAGGUUAGAGUUGAAGGAACUGUUGAAAAGGUUUCUAAGGAGGAAUCCGAGACAUAUUUCCAUAGUCGCCCUCGAGGAAGUCAGCUUGGAGCAAUAGCUAGCAAGCAGAGUACUACUGUAAUCGGAAGGCAUGUGCUUGAUGAAGCGUACAAAAAACUAGAGGAAGAAUAUGCUGAUGGAAGCUUGAUCCCUAUGCCAGAGUACUGGGGAGGCUACAGACUGAAACCAACCAAGUUUGAAUUUUGGCAAGGCCAGCCUUCUCGUCUUCAUGAUCGGCUUCGGUACUCAAUCAGGACAGUAAACGGAGGCGAAAUAUGGCAUAUCGAAAGGUUGUCUCCAUGACUGAGUGCUCAUGAUAGAAAGGUUUUGAUAGGGGUGGAGGGGCACAUGCUGCGAAGUCCAAGAUCUGAGUUAGCUUAGGGGUCCUGCAACAGUCUCUCUGUUGCCCCAAUCUGAGGUGUGUUGCUGUUUGCGAUCUUCCACCUCUGUUUCCCUUCCAAACUUCUGGUUUGUUUGGCGACGCGACUUGUUCUAUGUGCCGACAUAAAAUCAGAAACAUCUGUUUUAGAUUUGGUUCGUCUCGGGAUGAGGCUUUAUGUCUGAAUCGAUUUGGUGAAACAUUAUAUUCGAAGAUUUUUUA